AAGCUGCCUCACUGCGCCUUUCUGCUCCUCCCGCCCCGAGCUCUAGCUGGGGCCUCUAGUACAGUUCCUGCGCCUGCCCCGAGGCUGAGCCCGCAGCGGCUUCGCCAAAAUGUCCCAGCCCGGACCGAAGCCCGCCGCCUCUCCCAGGACCCGCCGGGCCGCCGCAGCCCGCCACACCCAGGAGCAUGCUACUGAAAAGAAUACGGAAUCGUCUUCGAAAUCAGGAGAAAAGAAAGGAUCAGAGGAGAAAAAAGCAGCAAGGUUGGGGAGCAGUCAGCCUUCCAGAGCCCAUGCUGGUGGAGCUGCCACAGCCACCAAGGUGCCAGCUCCCUCUGCUGCAGCCAGCAAGUUUCCCAGUAUGAGCACCACAGAACCGAAGGCCAUUCCAGUCUGCAAACAGAUGGAGGGACCACACCCACCUGACAAGAAAAGGCACAGAAAGCAGGCUAUGAAAACAGAGUCUGAGAAGUCACAAUCAAGUAAGCUGCAUGUGGCUCAUGAGAAAAAGUCUCAAGAAAGAAAGCCAAAGGAAAGCUCAGAGCCCCCAAACCUUCCCAAGCAUGCUUCAGGUGCAGGAAGUGAGCAUGCUCAUAAAGAAAAGGCAGUUUCCAGAUCAAAUGAGAAGAUGGUGUCAGAGAAAUCAACAGAACCAAAGACAAAAGCACAAGAUGCUCCUUCUGCUGCUGGAGGGAGUGUGGUUUCUGGUGUGACUGUGGCUGCAGCAUCAGACAAAGUGGAUGGCAAGGAGAAAGAAAAGAAAUCAUUAACGCCAGCUUCACAAGUGGAGUCCAAACUAAACAAGCCAUCUGGCAAGUCAGGCAUGGAUGCUGCUUUAGAUGACUUGGUAGACACUCUAGGGGAACCUGAAGAAACUAACAAAGAAGAUCCACAAUACACUGGACCAGUAGUUUUGGAUCCAAUGGAUUCUACCUACAUUGAGGCACUGGGUAUAAAAGAAGGGACAAUCCCUCCAGAGUACAGGAAACUUCUGGCUAAUAAGGAAGGGAUCACAGGACCCCCUUCAGACUCUGCUAAACCCAUGGGACCUGAUGAUGCUAUAGAUGCCUUGUCAUCUGACUUCACCUGUAGUUCUCCGACUGGAAAGCCAACUGAGAAAGAGAAAUCUACAGGGGACGUUUUCAAAGCUCAGUCUGCUGGAGUGACCAGAAGUGCUGUUCCUCCCCAGGAGAAGAAAAGGAAGGUGGAAGAGGGUGACAUGAGUGAUCAGGCCCUUCAGGCUCUGUCAGAUUCACUGGGCACCCGGCAGCCAGACCCUGAGGUCCACCUUAGCCAAGCUGAACAAGUCAAAGAGGCAAAAGCAAAAGAAGAAAGUCAGGAGAAGUGUGGUGAGGACGAAGACACAGUUCCCUCUGACUACAGGUUAAAGCCAGCUGUGGAUAAAGAUGGAAAACCACUACUGCCAAAGCCUGAGGAAAAGCCUAAGUGCCUGAGUGAAGCAGAGCUGGUUGGACAACUCUCAGAAGAUUUCGGCCGAUCGGCAUAUCAAGACAAACCAUCUACACCAGCUGAGAAAAUCGAAAAAUCUGAGGACACACCCCCAGCUCCUGUGGCUGAGGCUGUGCCUCGGGCCUCCAUGUGCAGUAUACAGUCAGCACCACCCAAAGCAGCAUCAUUGGGCAUGGUACCAGACGAUGCUGUAGAAACCUUGGCUGGAAGUCUGGGGGAAAGGGAAGCAAAUCCAGAAGAUGAAAAGCCUGUUAAGGAUAAAGUCAAGGAGAAAUCUAAAGAAGAAGACCGCGAAAAACUCGGUGAAAAAGAAGAAACAAUUCCUCCUGAUUAUAGACUAGAAGAGGUCAAGGAUAAGGAUGGAAAACCACUUCUGCCAAAAGAGCUCAAGGAACAACUUCCUCCAUUGAGUGAUGACUUCCUUCUUGAUGCAUUAUCUCAGGACUUUUCUGGUCCUGCAAACAUACCUUCUCUUGAAUUUGAAGAUGCCAAACUUUCCGCUGCCAUCUCUGAAGUCGUUUCCAAGACGCCUGCUCCUAACACCAGCGCAGCAGCCCCACCACCAGACACUGAGAACAGAGACAACGACCUCAAUGAUGCCUUGGAUGAACUCUCUGACAGUCUUGGGCAAAGACAGCCUGACCCAGAUGAGAACAAACCAGUAGAUGAUAAAGUGAAGGAAAAAAUUAAAGCGGAACAUAGAGAAAAACUGGGAGAAAGAGAGGACACCAUCCCACCUGACUAUAGGCAUCUUCUGGACGGUGAUGGGCAGGGUAAACCAGAGAAGCCACCUACAAAGAAAUCAAAGAAGCCUGAUCAUGACCAGGAUCCCAUUGAUUCCCUCUCGGAAGAUUUCGACAACUGCCCCUCAACUACAGAGACCUCACAGAAUACAGCAAAGGAGAAGAGCAAGAAGAUGGUUUCAAGUUCCAAAGCACCCAAGAAUGGAGUGAAAACAAAGGACUCCCCCAAGAAGUCAGAAGAAGCGUCCAUUCCAAAGACUGACAAAAAUGGAAGCUAAAGUUACACAUUUGGGUAUCUGAAUAGAAAUUCUUCAGCUGGUAGAUGGUGACUUUUGAAGAACAACGGCUUUGGUGACAAUUUUUCUGGGUGGUUUCUAGACAGGGCUAUUUGUUAUGUCAUUUGACGUCUAAACAUUGGUUUGUUGUUGUUUUCCAAAAAAGAAAAUGAAUUUGGUAUGCCUGUGUUACUGUAUUGAGUAUGGAUAAAGUUCAAAAAAUUUUAAUUGCCUUUAGGUGGGAGAAGAAAGCUUUAUAUUUGUAAGAAAUAUAUUUGAUAGUUUCUUAAAACAUACACCAAAAAAAAAAAAAACAAAAAACAAAAAAACCACAGAAAACCUUUGCAAACUUUUGCACAUGAUACAUACAGUGCCUGUAAAUCUCAUUAGUAUUUUUGGUUUGCACUUAAUUUUUUAGCAUUUGAAAAAUGAUGCACUCAUCUUUCAUCAGUAUUCUGAUUUCUUAUUACCUCUUUUCCUUUUGGGCUUUUGAACUGUAUUUGAUGUAUCUUUGGGUUAAUGUUGAUAAGUCAGAUAUAAAAUAUUGUACAUUGAGCACGUAACUCUUUUGGGGCUGCUAGUAAUAAAUUAAUGAUAAAUAACCUGGGCAAACCAGGGAACACCA